AUGAAAACAAUACUUGGAUGGCGUUCAUGCGGUCUGAGCUUGUCCACGCCGUCUGACGAAUGCGCCAAGUUGUUCGAUGGCGCCUUGCGCCAACUCGUCUCCUGGUCGGAUUGCGAUGCUCUAGGAGGCCUGCACAAGACCUUGGAGGAUAUGAAAGUUGCAGACUCUAAAGCAGUGCUUCCACGAGCAUUUCUUCUCGGUUUGGAAGGUCUCAGUACCGGCACUUGUACUCGAGUAAAUAACGUUUACAAAGCGGAACUCGAACAGUUGCAAGUUGAUGCUGAGAGCUACGCUAACGACAGAGAACAGCAACAUGCGAAAGCCGUUCUGUUAUGGGGUGAGGGGAAAAUGAAGGAAGCCACGAAUACGUGGGAGCAGAUUCUUGCCUAUUAUCCUACUGAUUUGAUGGCAAUUAAAUUCGCUCACGACGCAUACUUUUUCAUGGGCGAUGCAAAAGGAAAACGUGACUCCGUUCAGAUGGUCAUUGGAAAGCAGAAAAGCAGUGAACCGUGUUAUAGUUAUCUCCAUGGAAUGUUGGCGUUUGGACUUGAAGAAUGCGAACAGUAUGAUCAAGCUGAAAAGGAGGCAAUGAAGGCACUGAGUCUUAACCGAUUCGAUGCAUGGGCAACUCAUGCCAGAGCACACGUGAUGGAGAUGCAAGGUCGGAUCAACGAAGGCAUUCAUUUUAUGGAAAGCACUGUUGACUACUGGAGGAGCGUGCUAGCUUCCAGUGAAAUCUGUGAACGUGCCAAGAAGAGUGGAUCAUUAUUGGAUUUUGUCGAUGCAUCAUCUAUACUGUGGCGAUUAGAAUUGGAAGGAGUCGAUGUUGGGAAAAGGUAUCAAUUCUGGAAUAACCGCUUUUCCAGAUGGCAUGAUCUUCCAUGUAUGAAAGCACACCUCGAUGAUCACGUUACCUCCUUCAACGACACACAUUUAGAUAACAACUACGAUGUCGACAACGCAAAAAUAUCGCGAGAGGUGGGCACUGCGUUGUAUGAGGGGAUGUUACUCUACGGUCGAGGGCAGUACGACGAGGCAGUUGAAAAGAUGCUGCCUGUUCGACAUCAUAUUUAUCGAAUUGGAGGCAGUAACGCUCAAGUGAGUGUUUACGUCCUUAUCACAAUUUCUUGCAAAACCUGUUUGCAACAAAAGCGUUAG